ACGUCGGGUGAACAGAUCAGUCGUGCCGCAACUGCAGCUAUUUUAAUAAUACCUAUGUGUUCUGGUUUUCCGUGCAAGUAACCGUUGUGAUCGUGCGAAUAAAAAUGAGCGAGAACGAGAAGCGCCCCGAUCUGGAGGAUCAGUAUCUGGAUCAGAAUCAGGAGAAGGCUGGCGGCGGGAAAAUGGAGAUCCUGCUGGAGCUGAACCUAAAGCAGAAGCUGGCCACCCGACUGGGAACCAUCCUGCUGGCCACAGUGAUCUUCGGCGGCUUUUGCUGGGACAACGCGUUGGCCAGUCUAACACUGGGAGCAGUGGUGGCCCUCCUGCUAAGAAAUCCCACCUUCGUCUAUGCCUUGGUGAUGACCACGUCCAGGGACCUGAUGGCAUUCCAGCGAUUCGUGGCCCUCAACAUCUACCUACUGAGGAAGGACCGCGGCGGAUUCACUGUGGCCCGCUGUUUCCAGGAGCAGGCCAGACGCCGCCCCAAGAAGACAUGUUUCUUGAUGGAUGAUCGCCGUUUAAGCUUUGCAGAGGCUCUGGAGUUUAGCCAAAAGAUAGCCGGAUACUUUAACGAUCGCGGCCUGGAGAAGGGCGACUGUGUGGCCCUGCUGAUGGAAACGCGUCUGGAGUAUCCCUGUAUUUGGUUGGGUCUCUCCCAGCUGGGGGUAAUCACAGCCCUUAUUAACUCCAAUCUGCGCGGGGAGUCUCUGCGGCACUCCAUCAAAGUGGCCAAUGCCAAGGCCCUAAUUGUGGGCAGUGAACUCCUGGAUGUGCUGAGAUCACUGAGGGAGAAGGAGCAGCUGGACGAGGUGCCCAUCUAUCAGUACACAGAUGACGAGGUUCGUGGGGUGGCUGGACACGAUCUUUUGCCAGGAGCUGUGGACUUGGUUACUGCUCUAAAGACCCAAAAGAAACUGGAGCUACCGAGUGCUGCCUGUCCUGAAGAAGCUCGUUCCAAAUUGCUCUACGUUUACACCUCUGGAACUACGGGCUUGCCCAAAGCAGCUGUGAUCACCAACCUGCGGUUCCUCUUCAUGUCCGCAGGAUCCUACUACAUGCUCAGGAUGUCCAGCGACGAUGUGGUGUACGAUCCCCUUCCCCUCUACCACACCGCUGGCGGAAUCGUGGGAGUGGGCAAUGCCAUCCUCAAUGGAUCCACGGUGGUGCUGCGCAAGAAGUUCUCGGCCAGGAACUUCUGGCUGGACUGCAAUCGCUACAACUGCACUGUGGCCCAGUAUAUCGGGGAGCUGUGUCGCUACCUUCUGGCCACCUCCUACACCCCCGAUCAGCAGAAGCACAACCUGCGUCUGAUGUACGGAAAUGGACUGAGGCCGCAGAUCUGGUCGCAGUUCGUCCGCCGCUUCGGGAUUCCGCACAUAGGAGAGAUCUACGGCGCCACCGAGGGAAACUCCAACCUGAUCAACAUCACCAACCGAGUGGGGGCCAUCGGAUUUGUUCCCGUCUACGGAUCGAGCUUCUACCCUGUCCAAGUCCUGCGGUGCGACGAGUACACGGGUGAGCUGCUCAAGGACUCCAAGGGUCACUGCAUCAGUUGUCAGCCUGGGCAAGCGGGUCUCCUGGUGGGCAAGGUGGACGCCCGGCGGGCCGUAAGUGCCUUCCAUGGAUACGCCGAUAAGGGAGCCUCGGAGCAAAAGCUCCUACGAAAUGUCUUCACCUCCGGAGACGUCUUCUUCAACUCGGGUGACAUGGUGGUCCGCGACAUACUCGGUUACUUUUACUUCAAGGAUCGCACGGGAGACACCUUCCGCUGGCGGGGUGAAAACGUGGCCACCCAGGAGGUGGAGGCCAUCAUCACAAACUGCGUUGGCCUGGAGGACUGCGUGGUCUACGGCGUGCAGAUCCCCCAUGUGGAGGGCAAGGCGGGAAUGGCGGCGAUUGUGGAUCCGGAACGCAAGGUGGACAUGGAAUACCUGUCCGUGGUGCUUAGGGGCAGUCUGCCCCCCUACGCCCGCCCCCUGUUCAUCCGACUGCUGGACGAGAUUCCGCGCACGGCCACCUUCAAGCUGAAGAAACGGGAGUUGGCCAAAGAGGCGUAUGACAUCGGCCAGCUCUCAGAUCCCAUAUACUACCUGAACCAGGACGGGAUCUACAGGCUCCUCAGCCAGGAGCAGCACGAGUUGCUGCGAUCGGGAAAGGCGGGACUCUGAGAAUAGAGGUCCCUUUUGUGCCCACAAUUGUAUUCCAGCCACUCCUCUGUGUAUAUUGCAAAACGCUUGUCUGUCCCAAUGUAUUUUUAACGCUUAAACAACGACUGAUUCCGAAAGACCAAAAUACCUAAAUGCCGAAAUAGUGA